AACAAAGUUUAACAAUUAACCUUUUUCGUGUUCCUCAGAUUUUAACUAAAUAAGAACACCAUAAUAUGUUCUGCGUCUUUCCCCUCCAACCUAGAAAAUUGUUCACCUUCUCUUUCGGAGUGCAAAUUAGGUAUGUGUAAAGAGAGUAGGAGAUUUCUAUUGGUCGGGUCACGGCACGGGUGCACCUUUCACUUGAGGACAAUAACAAAAUCAAGGACACUAACCACAAUGAUCCUACCAAUUAAAUUAAUGGCUUUCGUCCUCCAAGAUCCUCUGCCAUAUAGUCAUACCUACCCUUUCUUCAGUCGUGUGACUAUCACGUCCUCAACUCCUCGUGGCUAGCCAUGGUUCAGUAGACACAAGUUUCUUGAUGAACCAGAAGAAGUAAUCAAAGUGGGGAAAACAUGGAAAACCGGAAAUCAAAGAAGAUACGCAACUUAUCUCACAAGUGAAACAACACUUUCCGGUACAAGUUCAUCUCUUUCGUGGGGUGUAGUAAAUGAUCCAGAACAACCCUCCAACAAGUUCCAACCAAAACAGACUCUUUUGUCCUGCCAAAAGUUGUCAUUUGUCCCUCAAUAACAGGAAACGCCCCAUGUCAGUUAAAGAGGAAGAGGAAAACAAUCACAACCAAGAAGUUGCAAACCAAGAAAAAAGCACAUUUGUAAGGAUCAGGCAUGAACAGCUGCAGAACAGCAAACAGAAACAGCUGCACAAACAUGGCACUGCUGCUUUGUCACAUUCAAAUUGUGACGCAAAAGGGUAGGCAUAGCAACAGAGCUCAUCGACGCAAGAAAAAUCAGACAAAGGGUUCAGUACUAUCCAAGCUAGCAGAGACUUGCAUAAGUAAACCAAACCAAGAAACUUUGAAAGAAUGCUGAGGCUGCCCUGCCCGAAGGACUACAAAUUCAACUGACCUAAAUCUGCAUGUUGAUCAUCAUUACCACAAGUACAGCUGCGGCAUAGUUGAUUUUGUUGUGCAGUGAUUAAUCUUCAAAGCUAGCUACAAGUACAAGCUACCUUCUAAUGUAUAGCACUGAGCCCUUUUCUCAGUGAGCAAGCAUUUAAUAGUCUCAACAAACUUCACGUACCUGUGACUAGUUUUGUUAGCUAGUGGAAGAAAUUGCUCUUUGGCACCAGCUUUUCACCAACCGCUGAUUGGGUUGUCUAUAAAGUAAAUGCAGCAGAGAGACCAAAGUCAGCCACAGCAAACACAAUUGUUCAUGAAAACCAUGUUUUGGUUUCUGCCAAUAGUUCUGCUACUCCUCCCAGUGCUCGAGGUGCAUGGGAAAGUUCCAGCACUCAUUGUAUUUGGAGAUUCUACUGUAGACCCAGGUAACAAUAACCACAUCUCCACAAUCUUGAAGAGCGAUUUCGAGCCAUAUGGACGCGAUUUCGCCGGUGGUAAGCCCACCGGGAGGUUUUCAAAUGGCCGGAUUGCAACCGACUUUAUUGCUGAAGCUUUUGGGAUCAAGUCGACAGUACCUGCGUACUUGGAUCCCACAUAUGACAUCAAAGAUUUUGCUACUGGAGUUUCAUUUGCUUCUGCAGGAACUGGUUUUGACAAUGCUACAUCUGAUGUGCUGUCAGUUAUACCUCUUUGGAAAGAGUUGGAGUAUUAUGCAGAGUUCCAGGAUAAGCUAAGGGGUUACCUUGGAAAUGACAAGGCAAAUGAGAUUUUGAGAGAAGCACUGCAUCUCAUAAGCAUAGGAACAAAUGACUUCCUAGAGAACUACUACAUGUUACCAGGGAAAUCAUCCCAGUAUACUGUCGUGGAGUACCAGAACAUCCUUCUAGGGAUCGCCAGAAAUUUCAUUACAGAGCUUCAUCGACGAGGAGCUCAAAAGAUUACUAUAACUGGGCUUCCCCCGAUGGGUUGCUUACCUCUCGAGAGAGCCACAAACAUAUUCUUCGGGAGCAACUGCAACGAAGAGUACAAUAAUGUGGCUAAGGACUUCAAUGAAAAGUUGAGUGGAGCAGUAACAGACCUUAACAAGGAUCUUCCCGGGAUCCAACUGGUGCUUUCCAGUCCUUAUGAGAUGGUAAUGGAAAUGAUCGACAAUCCCACUUCUUUCGGAUUCAAAAAUGCAGCAAUGGCAUGUUGUGGCACUGGACUGUUCGAGAUGGGUUACAUGUGUAACAAAAGAAAUCCUUUUACUUGUUCAGAUGCAAGAGAGUACAUUUUCUGGGAUUCCUUCCACCCAACAGAAAAAGCAAACCGGAUCGUGGCUGAUUAUGUUGUCAAACAUUUCCUAGCUGCAUUCAAGUGAUAGCAAAAGACGCAUGUGCGCAAUAUAUUUAUUCAAGUACAUUCAGUCCAUGAUGCUUUGGCUUUCAAUUUGAGAGGCCCAUUUUGUGGCACAUUAUUAAUGCUUAGACCGUCAUCUAUAAUGAAAGCAAUACCAGAAA